GGCGGGCGCGCUCGCAACCUCGUGGACGUCCCUCUCGUCCGGCCGCGUCCCCGCGCGCACCUGCCCCGCGCAGCUCCAAGUGUCCCGUCCACGCCGCUGUCACCUGCCGGGGCCGCGGGGAGGACGCGCGGAGAGUCGGAGCGGGCGGAGAUGGACUCGCUGGUCUUUGAGGAUGUGGCUGUGAACUUCACCCCGGAGGAGUGGGCUCUGCUGGAUGGUGCUCAGAGGAAGCUCUACAGAGACGUGAUGCUGGAGACCUUCAGGAACCUGGCCUCAGUAGGAGAAAACUGGAAAUGCCAUGGCGUCGAAGAUCAGCACAAGAACCAGGGAACACACUUGAGAUGUCACGUGGUAGAGAUACCCUUGGAAACUAAGGAAAGUAAUCAAUGUGGAGAAACCAACCAGAUUCCAAAUCUUAUUGUGCAUAAGAGACUUUCUACUGGAGUAAAAUGCGAUGAAUACAAUAAAUUUGAAAAAGCCAUCCUGGAUACUUCAUCCCUGCGGAGUCCCAUAGCAUCACCUCAACAUGGACAAAAACCCUAUCAAUGUAAGGAGUGUGGGAGAGCUUUUCUCUGUUACUCAUCCUUUAGGGCACACAUAAGAGCUCACACUGAAGAGAAACCCUACGCAUGUAAAGAGUGUGGAAAAGCCUUUAUGUACUUCUCCAAACUCAGAGUCCAUAUAAGAACUCACACUGGAGAGAAGCCGUAUGAAUGUGGAAAAUGUGGGAAGACCUUCAGAUCUCCCUCAAACCUUUGGACACACAGAGAAACCCACACUGUGGAGAAACCUUACGCUUGUAAAGAAUGUGAGAAAUCCUUCCCUUCUUCGUCCUCUCUUAGGAAACAUGCGAGGGUUCACAGCGCCGAGAAAGCCUACGAGUGUAAGGAAUGUGGAAAAGCCUUCCUUCAUUCUUUUUACCUGAUCAUACACGCAAGGAUGCACACCGGAGAGAAAGCCUAUAAAUGUGCAGAAUGUGGGAAGGCCUACAGUUGGCCCUCAGACCUUAGGAUUCACGUGAGAACACACUCUGGAGAAAAGCCGUAUGAGUGUAAACAAUGUGGAAAAUCCUUCAGUUCUCCCUCGUCCUUUAAGGGACACUUGCGAACUCACACUGGAGAGAAACCGUACGCGUGUAACCAAUGUGGGAAAGCCUUCAGUAGUCCUUCCUACUUUAGAACACACGUACGGAUUCAUACUGGAGAGAAACCCUACGUAUGUCAGCAGUGUGGGAAAGCUUUCAGUUGGUCCUCAUCUUUUCGAGGACAUUUGGGAACUCACAGUAGAGAGAAACCGCAUGAAUGUAAGGAGUGUGGGAAAGCCUUCAGUCGGCUCUCAUCCUUACAGAGACAUGUGAGAAUACACACUGCGGAGAAACUGAAUGUAAGCAGGGUGGGGAAGCCUUCGGUAGUCCCCUAUACUUAAAAAAACACACGCGAACUCUCACGGGAGGAAACACUAUGCCAGUAAGCAAUGUUGGACGGCCUUCACGCAGAUGCCCUCACUUACUGUGCACAGCAAAUCGUGUACCAUUAGAAAAUCUUUAUAAAGGUCUUAAAUACAG